AGUUGAGAGGUGUCCACCUACUGUAGUGGGAGAAAACGGAGCCCCUGGGGGAAACUCACGGAAACUCCACAAAGAAGGCUCUCCAACAGAGAAUCGCACCGGAUAACCUCUUGCUGUGAGGCGGCAACACUAACCGCUGCACCGCUCUGCCGCCCUUGACAGUAAAGCUUAAAACAAAAAAAUACUUUUUUAAGAAAUCCGAACUGAUGCUUAGAUAACUGUUAUAUGUUAGCGAUGUGUUAUAACACGCAACAAUUUAUGUUCGAUAACAUAUUAAAUAAAACAUAAAAGAAAGCUGACUUAUCCCAUUUCCCUUAUCCCUUAUCCCAGUUACUCUUAUGCAAUUUAAAUUUCGAAGUCCACAGUGUCCAGUAAAACUCAGGACUGAACAACUCUUGCGGAAAAAGGAAGGGAUUCAAAACAGCGGUGUGCGUGGCUUCAGUUAAUUUCGAAAUACUAAAUCCCUUGAGUUAUACCUCGUUAAUUCUACCUCUACGGUAGCGUGUCUUGUUUACUGACAACCUAGUUUCGGGUGCGUGCGUAUGUGCGUGUGUGCGCGUUUGUGAGUGCUGGGUGUGGUGGGGGUACAGACACAUUUAAUUCUGUAAAUGGCUGCUUGUGCAAGGUCUUUUACUACUACAAGGCGGCACUAGGAAGUUGGCUUUAUAUUUUCCCAAGUAACAGACUUCAUGAGCCUUGUCUACGAAGACAUUUGGGUUGCUCAAUCGCGAAUGUAUACUAUACCAUGCCGAAUUCAAAAGUCUUCUGUCUUCUCUCAGCUUUGAUCCUGCUGUUUUUAUACGAUGUAGGCUAUGCGGUUCUGGAUACGUAAUGGACUUAGUACGGCUACAUAAAUAAUUUGUGAAAUAUUCUGUUUAAUGUUUUGCGUAACAAGGUAUGCAUUGUACGUAAUCAGAUCACACUUUAACGGUUUCGUUUUUUUUUUUUUUUUUGCUUUCUUCUCUCCUCUGUCUACUUGUACUUCUAUCGUGGAUAUUUUUUAACACUCCCCGGAAGACCUGGACAUCCAGGGGCAUUAGGAUUAGAACAUGUAUUUAUUUAUUUGUUUGCUUAUUUAUUUAUUUUUCGUAGGGGCUGAAUGCUCAGAAGCUGAAUACAGGCUUUUUUCCAGUCUAUUUUCAGCAAAUUACAGUUCACGUAUCAGGCCAGUGGAGAAUGUCAGCCAUCCAGUUAUUGUUCACUUUGAGGUGUCAAUGUCACAGCUGGUAAAAGUGGAUGAAGUUAAUCAAAUAAUGGAGACAAACUUAUGGCUGAAACACAUCUGGAAUGAUUAUAGGCUCAUGUGGAACCCUAAUAAUUAUGGAGGGAUUGAGUCUGUCCGAGUCCCAUCAGCAAGUAUAUGGAAGCCUGACAUAGUAUUAUACAACAAUGCAGUUAGUGAUUUCCAGGUUGAUGAUAAAACAAAGGCCUUGGUAAAAUACAAUGGAAAUAUCACUUGGAUGCCACCAGCUAUUUUCAAGAGUUCCUGUAAAAUUGAUGUGACCUAUUUUCCUUUUGAUUACCAAAACUGUACAAUGAAGUUUGGUUCUUGGACUUACGAUAAGGCCAAAAUUGAACUAGAAAUGAUAGGAUCAAAAAUCAAUCUGAAAGACUUCUGGGAAAGUGGAGAGUGGGUAAUUAUUGAUGCUCCGGGAUAUAAACAUGACAAAAAGUAUAACUGCUGUGAAGAGAUUUACCAGGAUAUUACUUACUCUGUCUAUAUCAGACGUUUACCAUUAUUUUACACCAUAAACAUGAUAAUUCCAUGUCUUUUGAUCUCCUUCUUGACUGUAUUGGUCUUCUAUCUACCAUCUGACUGUGGAGAGAAGGUAACGUUGUGCAUAUCUGUCUUACUGUCCCUCACUGUGUUCCUGCUUGUAAUUACAGAGACCAUACCCUCUACAUCACUGGUAAUUCCUCUCAUUGGUGAGUACUUGCUGUUCACUAUGAUUUUUGUGACCCUCUCUAUUGUCAUAACUGUGUUUGUUCUGAAUGUGCAUUACAGGACACCAAAGACCCAUACCAUGCCUCACUGGGUGAGGUCUGUUUUCCUAAACUUACUACCAAAGGUAAUGUUCAUGAAAAGACCAGCAAGAGAACCAGAGAAAUCCCACAAAAGCAAACAGUAUAACAACACUGAGCUAUCACAUGUGAACAGCUUCACUGGUUCAGAAAGCAGAUGUGCCAGAGAUGGAUUUUUCUGCCAGGACUUUCGAUGUAACUACUGUCGGCAGCAGCUAGUAAAGCUGUCUGUUAGUGGUUCCAGCUUGCUAAAGACAUCAAGCAGUGAUUCUCUCGAUGGGCUGCUUUCUUCAUCACCUUUGUCACCAGAAAUAAAGGAAGCCAUUGAAAGUGUUAAAUACAUUGCUGAGAAUAUGAGGCUAAACAAUGAGGCUAAAGAGAUCCAAGAUGACUGGAAGUAUGUUGCUAUGGUAAUAGAUCGGAUCUUUCUCUGGGUAUUCAUUUUGGUUUGCAUUCUGGGUACUGCUGGGCUAUUUUUGCAGCCUCUAAUGGCUGGUGACGACUUAUGAUCAAAAAAGAUUGGACAAUAUUUCCUUGAUUAUUUUAAAACACAUUGAGAUGACUGGGCAACAUUUUAGCCUGUUGCACUGCCUCACUUACCUUUCCUUAGUCUGAAGCGCAAGCAAUUGCAUUUGUACAUCUAUUGCUAUGGAUGCUUAGCAAUACAUCACAUCAUAUGCAUAACUAAGAAUCUGUGUUAUUUUGUUGCAUUCUUUAUCCGAUGUUUUUCAUUUAGUCUAUGAAGGAAGGACUUUCAAAGACAAGUGGAAACAGCUACAAAAGUAUAUGAAAUAAAAGGAACAAUAUAUGCAUUUUCAGCUAUAGCUAUACAAUUUUACAUGCAGUUAUCAAGACUGAAACAUUUACUUGGCCUUGUAUUAAAUAUAUGCUAUGUAGUGCCACCAUUUAGAUGGCAAAAGUAAGAUUGCAUUAAGAGGUAUUAAAAGGAAAAUGUUUUAUUUUAAAUAUGCUAUGUUUCAUAAUUAUUUUGGGCUUCUCCUUUUGUUAUGGUUAAUUUUCACAAGUCAUCUGCAAUGUCCUUGCAGAAUAUAGAGUCACACUGGAAGAUUAUGUGAAGAAUGACAUUUUUGUCAGACUUCUUUCAAUAGGUAUCCUAUGGAGCAAGAAAUGCUUCAAUCUAUUUCAGUAUAGAAACAUGAAAAGAUUUGAUGAGAGUAUCCAUGUUGCAUAUAUAAAGCAUACUGUUUACCCAAAGUUUAAAAAUACGUUGAGACUAGAGAGCGAUAUAAUGUUGCCCUCACUCGCAGUUCUACAAAAAAUGGAAAUUUAUACAAAUUGUACAAGUGACAUAAUUAACCCUGCUUCUUGGUUACUAAUGGACAGAUUUUGCCUGCAGUCUGCAUAAGUACAUCUAAAAGAGAUUUGGCAUUUGAGAAACUAGCAUGUGCAAUUCAGUGAGGGGGAAAAAUAGAAAUAGAAAUAACUCAGAUGAAUGUUUAUGGGUAUAAUGAAGCAAAGCCAUUCCUGUUAAAAAUGUAUAAUAUGUAACCUUACUUACUUUUUUAAAUUAGAAGUUAAUGCUGGCAGCAGAUUUCGAAUGUUAUCAUCACUUUGUAGCAUUUAGUGUACCACACUGCAAGUAAGUUUUCUAUCUGCUGAUAAAUAUAAUCCUGUUCUGUAAUGUGCUCCUUGUAUACUGCAGGAUACGAUAACAUCAUUUAAAUCUCCAUUAUUCCUUGAUUAUAAAACAAAAUAAGUGUGAGUGCCCUGUCAUCUUUGUCCAGUUUUUAAAUAAUUUAAUUAUAAUGAAUAAAAUAUAAUAAAACAUCA